AUGGCUGGAGGUGCGCGUGCCUUCGCGGUCCCCGCGGGCGGGGAGAGCAGCGGGAGCGACGACGACGAUGGCUGGGAUAUCGGCUGCGAAUCGAUGCGGAAUUUGGGUGAAACCCUACCAACUGAUGACAAAGUUGAGGCUUUUAAAAAAGCAUUGACUACUGGAAACUUGUCUGUGAUUGAAGAACUUUUAAAUUCUGGUCUAAGUGUAGAAUCUACCUUCAAGUUUGGAUGGACUGCCCUGAUGUAUGCUGCAAGUGUGGUUAAUGUUGAGCUAAUGCGUAUCCUUCUGGACAGAGGUGCAAAUGCAAGUUUUGAUAAGGAUCAGUAUACAGUUUUGAUGGCUGCAUGUACUGCACAUGCUUCAGAAGAGCAGAUUUUGAAGUGUGUAGAACUGCUUCUCUCAAGAAAUGCUAAUCCUAAUGCUGCAUGCAGAAAGAAAAUUACUCCAUUAAUGUAUGCUGCCCGUGAAGGCCACUGUCAAGUUGUUGCUCUUCUUGCUGCUCAUGGAUCACAAGUAAAUGCUCAGGAUGAAAAUGGUUACACUGCACUAACAUGGGCAGCACGCCAGGGACACAAAAAUGUAGUCUUCAGACUGCUUGAACUUGGAGCUGAUAAAUCCAUACAGACAAAAGAUGGACAGACGCCGGGGGAGGUGGCAAAGAACAACAGGCAUCCAGAGCUCUUCAGUUUGCUGUCUUUGACUGCACAUCCUUUCCAGGGAAGAUUCCAGAAUUUGUCUAAAGAAGAGGCUAUUUGCAGACUUCUGCAAGCAGAACCUCAGACAGCCAGAAGUCAUACAGCCAGUUCCUACAUGGCCUUCGGUGACCUGGAAAUUUUUCUACAUAGCCUUGAACUGGAACAUUUAUCAGAGGUACUAAAGGAGACAGAGACAACUUUAAGGCAGCUUUUGACCAUGGGAAAAGAAGAUUUGAUGCAGGUUGGGAUUACGGAUAUCAGAGAUCAACAGAAAAUCUUAGAUGCUGUUAAAGAAUUGCACGUAGAAGAAGUGAAAUUGGACGAAUUGCCUCAAGUGACAAACGUAGAAUUUAGUGGUGAUGAGUUUCUUACUUUUCUCAUGAAACUCAACAGACAGUGCAUUCAUCUUACAAGUGCUGUACAGAGUGUGGUGAACCAGUAUCCCACGGACUUUCACAAGUUGGUGCUGGAAUGGAAUCCGCCCCAAAGCCUCACUAAAGUUUGUGAAGACCUGGUUUCCAGUGCAGACAGUUUGAAUGGACAAGUUAGCAAAUUAAAGGAGGUUAUUAAAAAGCUGCAAGAUGGACAGAAUAAUGAUCCUUGCCGAAUACAAUCCCUGGAGAAAAAAGGCAGACGGAACAAAACUUUUUUAAAAAUAGCAGCAGCAGUAACCUUGGUUGGAUCUGGAUGUGUCUUCCUCAUCACCAAGAUAACUUCAAGGAAGAGCUGA